UUUGCAUUUCAUGAGCAAGGAAUAAAAAAUUAAAUUAGACACUCAAUUUGAAUAUUUGUAAAAGAGAUUAAAAGGAUGAACGUUUUCACCCUUCCUACACACUUUUCUUUAUUAUGAUAACCUGAAAAUCAAUUUUCUUUCGCUGUAUAUUACACGUUCAAAAAAAAAAUCUUUCAUGCUGACAAAUGUAGUACUGUACGACAGUUAGCAAUCAUUAAAUUAUCGCUCUUUCCUUUCCAGAUUCCUUUUUCCUUGUAAACAAUUUUAUUCAGAAGAAUGGCUGAUUCUGUGAAUUCUGGCGAAACUGAUACUGAAAAUUCACAUCACAAUGUACCUCAGCGGCAACCAUCUAAGUUAAAUGUCUUGUUAUCCAAGAAUCGUUCCCAGCAAGCUCAAAAUAAAAGACCAUUGCCGAGACGACAAUCAUCUUAUAGACCAAAACUAAUUUCUUUGGGCCCUUCAGAAAGUCAAUUAUCAGCUCCAUAUAUUGAAGAAGUACAACCUGAACGACCUCAAUAUGUAAGAAAUCCGACAGCUGAUCAAACAUUGGAUGCAUCGGAUACUGCUUUAUUAAACCCUCCCCAAGUUCCAGAAGCACAAUCAAAUCGUUCAACUUCUUUACGUGAUUAUUUUAGAAAAGUGCGUCUGUUAAAUACAAUAAAUAGAAUACUCACUCAUAAUGAGGGUGAACAUUUAAAAGAUACUGAAAAUUUUGAAACAGUCGUUUUUUCAAGUCCAUUUGACGUACCCUAUUUAUGGGCAAAAACAGAUUAUAAAGGACGUAAAGCACCACCUGUACUAUUUAGUGCUCUCAAGCUUGCUGUUACGGACUCAUAUCAUGAUGAAAAGAAUUAUAAUUUGCAAAAUGUUUUUAGAAUAGAAUUGGAGUAUGGUGAUGUUAAGUGGGUCAUUAAUAGAUCAGGAUUCGAUUUCGCUUCACUUUACGUUAGUUUAAAGAAAGAAAUAAAUUUACCGCAUAUUCCAAGAUUACCGACAGGUCUUGCUAAUUGGUUUAAAUCAUUGAUUCGAAAAACUCAACUAGAUAACCAAGCUAGAAAUCAAACAACUGUUUUACAAAGAAGGAAAGAUUUGGAAAAUUAUUUAAUUCAAUUAUUAAGAGCAUUGAAAUUUAGUGUCGCUUAUGAACUUUAUGAGUUCUUGGAACUUAGUGCCGUUUCAAUUACAAGUGAUAUGGGAUGGAAGGGAAAGGAAUGUCAUUUAAAUAAUAAAGUUGAAAGAUUUAAAACACCAAUAUGUUCUUUUAGAAAUUCGAAUGAGAAAUGGGUUAAAGAAUGGGUUAUAGUUCGUGAUUCUUAUAUAGCCUUUUGUUCAGAUAUAAGUUCGACUAUACCAACUGAUGUUUUUCUGAUGGAUAAAUUUUUUAAAUGUGAUAAAAUGGAUUUUCAAGGAUUAGAUCGUGUGCUAAAAAUUCAUGAUCACGUAGAUAUUGAAAAUAGUUCACGUAGAAUAGAAAUGAAGGGUGACAACCGAACUUUAAGUGAAUUCUUGGAAAGUAUUGAAAAAGUUAAACGAUCCUCUCCUUGGGUCAGGCAACACCGUUUUGAUUCAUAUGCACCUAUAAGAGAAAAUGCAAAGGUGAAAUGGUAUGUUGACGGUAAAAAUUAUUUCUUCGCUGUGUCACAAGCUAUUAUGGCGGCAAAAUUAGAAAUUUAUAUUGAAGAUUGGUGGUUAUCACCGGAGUUGUAUCUUCGUAGGCCCCCUUCAAAAAAUGAAAAAUAUAGAUUGGAUAAUUUACUUAAAAAGAAAGCCGAGGAAGGUGUUAUGAUUUAUAUUAUCGUGUAUAAGGAAGUUAAAUUAGCUUUAACUUUGGAUUCAUGGCACACUAAAACUUGCCUUCAACAUCUUCAUCCUAAUAUAAGAGUUCAAAGACAUCCAGAUCAUGGUCCUGAUGGGACAGUGUUUUGGGCUCACCAUGAGAAAAUGUUGAUUAUUGAUUGCAAAAUAGCCUUUAUUGGAGGGCUGGAUUUGUGUUUUGGACGGUACGAUACUCAUCAACAUGAAUUGGUGGACUUUGAUCCUCAUAGUGAUAAUCCAUCAAUAUGGCCAGGACAAGAUUAUUCAAAUCCGAGAGUGAAAGAUUUUAAUAAUGUCUCUGAUUACAAUGCUGAAAUAGUUGAUAAAUCACGGGUUCCUCGUAUGCCAUGGCAUGACGUUUCAAUUGGUGUUGUUGGCCACCCAGCACGUGAUAUUGCUAGACAUUUUAUACAAAGAUGGAAUUUUAUAAAGGAAGAGAAAGCUUUUGAACGUGAAAGCAUCCCUUUCCUAAUGCCAAAAGGUGAGUAUGUUAGCACUAGGGAUGAAAGUAAAUUCUUUGGCACCUGUAACAUUCAACUCUUACGAAGUAGUGCUUCUUGGAGUAGCGGAAUUGAAUUGGAGAAUUCGAUUUAUAAUGCAUAUUGCCAUUUGAUUCGAUCGUCUGAACACUUUAUAUAUAUCGAAAAUCAAUUUUUUAUUACUGCAUCAGAAAAAGAUCCUGAUCAUGAGAUCAAAAACAGGAUCGGUGAGUUUAUUGUUGAACGAAUAAAAAAAGCGCACGAAAACAAUGAAAAGUUUCGCAUUAUUGUCGUAAUGCCAUUAUUACCAGCAUUUGAAGCUGAUUUGCACUCUAAAGAUGCUGGAACAAUUCGUAUGAUAAUGCAUUGGCAAUAUCUUUCAAUAUCUCGUGGUGGAAAAUCUAUAUUGGAGAAAAUUUCGGAAGCUGGCAUUAAUCCUGAAAAUUAUAUUUCAUUUUUUGCUUUACGAGGUCAUGGCAAAAUUCGUCACAGUGAAAACCGUGAUAAAAAAACUUCAAACUCUACUGAUGGAAAUGAUGGCUCUCAAAAUGUUAAUAAUGUUAUCAAUGGUUCAAAAGAUUCUAUUAAUAAUAGUGGAAAAACAUCAUCGAUAGAGAAUAAUAAAUCACAAGAAGUAAGACAAAGUCAUCCUUCAGAAACUACUGUAGAUUCAUUUUCAGAUGAAAGACCACAAUAUAUCUCGAAUGUAAAUGAAAGAAUAGGCGGAGAACCAGUCUUACCUGAUAGUAUCAAACAAAUGGAUCCCAAACAUAUUUUUGUUACCGAGGAAAUUUACAUACAUAGUAAAUUAAUGAUUGUAGAUGAUAGAUUUGUAAUAUGCGGAUCUGCAAACUUAAAUGAUAGAUCACAACUUGGAAAUCGUGAUUCAGAAAUUGCAAUUAUUGUCGAAGAUAAAGAAACUAUUGAUACAUUUAUGAAUGGUAAAAAGUAUAAAGCAAGUAAGUUUGCCUACACAUUAAGAAGUAAUUUAUUCAAAGAACACCUUGGUUUACUAGAAACACAAGACCAUAGUACUAUGACCGAAAGUUGUUUACCUCCUUUAAAUCCCGAGGCUUUAUUUGAAUUAUUAUAUGAAAAAGAUGAAACAGCAACCUCUUUGUUAGACGCUCAAACGAAUGAGAUUAAAAAAUGCUCUACAGAAGAAUUAGUAUUUAUGGAUCCUUUGUCAGACGAAUUUUAUAAUUAUUGGUCACAAAUUGCACAAAAUAAUACUGAAACUUACAGGUCUUUAUUUAGAUGUGUACCAGAUGACAAUGUUGCUGAUUGGGAACAAUAUAAAGAGUUCGUACCCGAUCCUACAAAAAUGUUUAUAGGACAUGUAGCAAAUCCUAAUGCUUCUGUCGAAGAAAUUAAAAGGAAAUUAAGUAAUAUAAGAGGACAUCUAGUACAAUUUCCAACGCAAUUUUUAAAAAAUGAACAUUUGAUGGGUGGAAUGAUUUCAAAUGCUGUUGAAAUAUUUACAUAGAAAUUAUUAUAUGUUAAUUACUUCUUUGAUUCAGCGAAUCAAUUAAUAAUUCUAUAACUAUUAUUCUAUUUUUUUUUUUUAGUUCUCUAAUUAUUUGUUUAAUUAAUAUACUUAGUUUAAUAAAUGCACUUAGUCAUUUAUAAUUCUAAAUCAUUUCUUCAAGUAUUUUAAGUAUUUAAAAGUCAAGAUCUGCGUUAUUUUACAAUUCGUAAAUAGUUCCCAUGAGGUUCCUGACGGGAUCAUCAAACCACUUGCAAAGGUGUAUUCUUUUUAGGUUAGAUCUGCUUGGACAAAAUAGGAAAAAUUUUAAUUAGGUCUUAACAGUUAAAUUUUAGAGUUAAAUCAAUUGUAUUCCUAACCCUUUUCGGCUGGCUCUAUUUAGACUAUGUACGCAUAUUUAUACCUCUUGAAGAAAAAUUUGAUUUCCAAUCAUUUCAAUAUUAUAUCAUUUUACUAUUGUAAGUAGGGCUAUAGCGCAAACGACAAGUGUAAAUUAU